GCUGACUAGAGCAGGAAGCGGGUAAGGUGAGAGGGAUUGGAUUCGGGGGUUUGGGGAGUGAGAUAAUCAAGUCUAGAGACACGGUUUCGAAGGAAUGCCUGGCUAUAACUGUAAAGGACUUGAGUGUCGAUAUAUCUUGUGGUAACAAUGGCAAGUGCGGCUCCAACAUCUUCUACAUCUACAGAGAACUCAAGCACCGGAGGAACAAGUGGAAGCAGCAAUGGGGAAGGCAGCAACCAGGACAGCACAUUUGAGUGCAAUAUUUGUUUGGAUACAGCCAAGGAUGCAGUAAUCAGCCUCUGUGGUCACCUCUUCUGCUGGCCAUGUUUACACCAGUGGUUAGAAACAAGGCCAAAUCGUCAGGUGUGUCCAGUUUGCAAAGCAGGGAUAAGUCGGGAGAAAGUCAUUCCCCUAUAUGGGAGGGGAAGCACUGGUCAGGAAGAUCCCAGAGAGAAAACACCUCCACGGCCCCAGGGACAGAGACCAGAACCAGAAAACCGAGGGGGUUUUCAAGGCUUUGGCUUUGGAGAUGGGGGCUUUCAGAUGUCUUUUGGUAUCGGAGCAUUUCCUUUUGGAAUCUUUGCAACAGCAUUUAAUAUCAACGAUGGUCGCCCUCCACCAGCUGUUCCAGGUACCCCUCCAUAUGUGGAUGAGCAGUUCCUGUCUCGACUCUUUCUUUUCGUUGCCUUGGUUAUUAUGUUUUGGCUGCUGAUUGCGUGACUUGGCCUCCCAGUGGGUGACACAAAGGACUGGAUAUCGUUCAGAUUGUAAUCUUUGCCCUACGUCCUCAUCUCAUCCUGUCUCUGCCCCCUACGCCCUUUCUCUUAAAUGCUUUUUUUUUUACACACACAUAAAGGUGUGUUAAAAGCUAAGAGGUUGUCCCCUAUGGGAGUGUGAAAUACUAGCCAGAAGUAUUAAUGCCAAGCAUAAGUAUAAACGCAGGAUAGGGGGCAGCCAUGAGUACUAAAUGAGCAGAGCAGCAGUACAGUACACUGAUGGGAAACUAAUAUAUUGUGCACUGUAAGAGUUAAAUUUGAGGGGAGCUACAUCAAUUAGAAUAUAUGGGUAGGCAAUGGGAAAACUGAAAGACGAAGCACCAGAGACCACAGAAAGGGAGGGGGGUGCGGAGAUAAAGACUAGAAAGACAAAAUAACUUGUGGGAAGAACAAAGCAGAAUACAGGGUACAACACAGUGGGGGUGGUGCUUGUCUGUAUCUCAUUGUGUUAUGUGGAGGAGGCCUUGUAAGCAUUGGAAUGGAAAAAUACAGGAACAUGGGGCUGUGUAAUCUACAAGAUUCAGCUGAAAAAUGGAUAUCUGCAUAUAAAUACAUAUUGAAGAUUUUGUAAUUAUUACUACCUGGAGCUUCAGUCCAGUAUACACUACAAACAGUGACUUUCCAGACUCUUAAGCCCGAGUGUUUGUUUACUUGGGAGUGGUGUAUCCAGUGCAUCAUGGGUAUAACCCGUGUAUUACUGUGGGUAAAGGGCUGGAUUGGAAUGGAGGGGUAGCAGAAAAAUGAUUCCUCUAUUUUAUGAGAUUUUAUUAAUUAUAUUGAGAUAAUUAAAUAUUACUUUUAAUAAGUCUAA